GCGUCGCACGCGUACAACAGUGUUUCUCAACCGCCGUUCACGCCGAUGCGAUUCGAUGCCUCGCUCAAUGCGCCCGGCAAUAAUCCCGUUAUUCUCGUCCUCCUCCGUACGCCCGUCCCGUCAAUGUCCGCCUCGCGGAACACGUGCCGCUGCCUUAAAUUACAAUAGCGAAUGCACCGUGUUAUUUAUCUGUUGACCUCCAUUUAAAUCAGCCUCGCGAUACUUAUUGUACUUCCUCUUUCGUGUAAAAAACGCUGAGGAGCCUAUCGCGCGUUAUUAACGGCGGUUAAGGAUGUCACUACGCGCUACUAAAGAGACAAGUGCGUUCCGGUUGAAUGGAAAAGGAAAUUCGGUCUGUUGCACACUCGCGAAGAAAUCGAUCGUAAUGUUUACACGUAUCUGUGUGAAUUACGCGAGAGCGUAUUGCUGAGAUACACCGGCUUCCUCUGUUUAGUGAGCUUAGGCGAUGCUCAUUCAGAUUGACCCCAUUUCUAUUAGCCCGAGCUGGAAGAUUAGGCUAUUGCGGAUCAUUAGAGAGAGAAAGAGAGAAAACGGCACAAUCUUCUUUCUUCUGUGACGUUGCUUAGCGAGUAUGUAAUCGACCAUUGCUCGCUAGAGUUUGAUGUUAAAUUGUACAUAUCUUACACCUUCGCUAGUCGUGCAUAUUUGUGACUUAUAAUUUAACCGAAUCUGUUGCAAAUACUUUUGACUUCUUGCACGAAUAAACGAUGCGACGGAUGAUAAGCAACGACGAGCGAUAAUCAGUCAAAUCCACACAUUGCCGGGAGCGAUACAAGCUGUCUGCAAACGCGGAGAUUCAAAUUUAUUGACGCCGCGAAGAGCGUUGCAUCGGUCUGUGCACAGGAAGCUACUUCUCAUCUUCACUCGUAAACUUCAGAGGCGGCGCGAUACCCUUCGCGCGGAAGAAACUCGAGUGAUCCGCCGAACAGCAGUCGCUGGCUCCACCUAAAGGCGACCGAAGCUACGCGGAUGCAGCGAAAGGUAGAACAGUGAGCGACCGUAUCGACGCGAGGUGUUAUCCCCCGCGACAUCCGAGUCAUCCACCAUUACCAUCCCGAAUUUCUCAGCAUUCCCGAGACUGCCAUCGCGAGGCUCGCCAAAAUAACUAAAUGUUCCCCGUGUCACCUGAACACAACGAUAACUGAACACAAGCGAAACUCGCUCUGAGAGAAAAGGAAAGAAAGAAAGAAGGACGAGGACCAGGUGGGCUAGAGCGCCGAGGAUUCGCUCAGUUCAAUGGGAAGUAGCUCGCUUACGCAGCGAGGGCUGCGUCCGUAGUCGAAACGAGAAAGAGAGAGAGAGAGAGAGAGAGAGAGAGAGAGAGAGAGAGAGAGAGAAGAAUCGCCAACAGCGCAAACUCAUAAUCGAGUGGACAAAUCGCCGACAAACAAUAGGGAAUCUGGCGGCUUCCGAUGGGGUCAUAGCCGUCAACGCUACGUAUAUUCGUAACACAUAUCGCGAUGAUAGGCUAGCCACGGCAGGAAGAGAUCGUCGUAGGGGGAUCGUCAUAACUAAUCGUACCACCCAAGGUGGCACAGAUUGAGAGCCCCAUCAGCAUACAUCCUCUCCUGGCUAACGAGAUACCCGUUCAGCGUUCAUCCAGUUCGCGCGCGUCGUUACACGUCGCUUGCAUCGACGAUAGCGUGUCGCGUUAACCUUCCUGGUGGAGGCUCACCGACGACUGUCGGCAGACACUCCAGCCUGAUCCGCCAAAUACUCAGCGUCAGCGAAGUCACCAUCCUUCGAGACUCUCCUCGUCAGGACGCGCGCCGACUGACUGCAAGUGACCACGCUCUAUGUAAACGACUGCCGUGCGAUUAGCAUUCGAAGACACACCGCACGACCGGCAGGAUCAUCAUGGAAAUAGCGAGCGAGCUGUCGCCGUUGUCGGGCACGGAGAACCAAAGCAAGAUCAAGGAGACGAGCUCGUAUUAUCCGCAAGAGCCCAACAAGAGGCCAAAGACAGCGGGGCAGAAGGUGCGAUCAUGCCUGAGCCAUAACGCACUGACGUUACUCACGGUCGCCGGCGUGAUCGGUGGUGUGGUCCUCGGCAUCAUCCUGCGAAAUUCGCGGACCGGGAAAUGGACACCGCGGGAGAUCAUGUACAUCAAUUACCUCGGCGACCUGUUUCUGAGAAUGCUCAAGAGCUUGAUCCUACCGUUGAUCAUUUCGAGCUUGGUGUCGGCGAUCGGCUCGCUCGACUUGUCGCUCAGCGGCAAGAUCGGUGCACGCGCGAUCGGCUAUUAUAUGGUUACAACUAUCUGUGCUGUCGUGCUAGGUAUAAUUCUCGUCGUUUCGAUCCAACCCGGAGUCGGCAGCUCCGUAGCGGAGACCACGAAACCGACACAAAAUAUUUCCACCAUCGACACGUUGAUGGACUUAGUGAGAAACAUGUUUCCGCCGAAUAUCGUUCAAGCCUGCGUCGCCCAGCAUCGCACUGAGCCCAAGCCACCGGAGAAUGAAUCGAUUCCUCUGGAUGAAUGGGAGCUGGUGGAGAAAGAGGUGUCCGGUACCAACAUUCUCGGACUCGUCGUAUUCGCGACGGUAUUGGGCAUCACACUCGGUAAAAUGGGACCGCAGGCCAAGCCGCUGUUGAGUUUCUUCGAGUCGCUAUCCGGCGCUAUGAUGUUGAUUACCAACUGGGUCAUAUGGUUGUCGCCGAUUGGUGUUCUCUUCCUGGUCGCCUCCAAGAUCACGGAGAUGAAGUCGCUGGAAGAGGUGGUCGCCCAGCUCGGUAUGUACUUCAUGACCGUGUUGCUCGCCCUCAUCAUACACGGCUUUCUGGUGCUGCCGGGGAUGUACUUCCUUCUCACGAAAAAAAACCCCUAUCGCUACAUAUCCAAUAUGGCGCAAGCACUCGUCACUGCUUUCGGCACGUCCUCCAGCUCGGCGACCUUGCCGAUCGCCAUCAGCUGUCUCGAGGAGCGCAACGGCAUCGAUUCGCGAAUCACCAGAUUCGUCAUGCCGAUAGGCGCUACCGUGAACAUGGACGGAACAGCGUUAUAUGAGGCUGUAGCUGCCAUUUUCAUAUCACAAGUUCGCAAGGUUGGUCUUUCCUUCGGUCAGCUGGUAGCUGUUAGUAUCACGGCAACCGCCGCCAGUAUCGGCGCGGCUGGAAUUCCGCAGGCCGGAUUGGUGACGAUGGUGAUGGUAUUGGACACAGUUCACCUGCCGGCCAACGAUGUCUUCCUAAUUAUCGCGGUCGACUGGUUAUUAGAUCGCUUUAGAACAACGGUGAACGUCAUCGGCGAUUCGCUCGGCGCGGGAAUCGUCCAUCACCUCAGCAGGAACGAGCUCACGUCUAUGCCGCACCAUCCGCAGCAGUCGCAGAAUGGAGCCGAGCGUCACGCGACCACGUCGAUAUGAAUGUGCCGCCAGUGAUCGCAGCGUCUCGACUGACGAUUACGAAGCUGCUUCGCGAUCGGAAAAUCGAUCGACUGCAUAAACUGCAUCGACACCUCGCGCGGCUAAUCACCUACCGAAAUUUUGACUCAGCUCGCUGUGAACUCACGAGAGUUCAAUUUCAAGAAUAUACGACGCGAAUAAGUUAAAAUUAGGGAGAUAAAAUUAAUAUUAGAAUUAAGAGCACGGUAAAUCAAACGAUAAUAUUACUACUUUGCUGCAUCACAUCUGAUUUGUAAUUUCCAAUUGUAUCAAUUAUUUGAAGAAAUUUCGGAAGGCAUGCGUUGUUGCCUCGCGAGCAACCAACAGAUUGCUUGAGCAUCGAGCAACUCGAACCUCUCGAAAAUCGACCGAAAAACGUAUCGCUUGUCGAGCUCUGAUACAAAGCAUCGCGAUGUGCGUGCAUACUUUCGUUCGUGUGAUACAAUAAUGAUCGAUGAUCGCGAAGUACGAUCCUGACGAAGUGUUCUUGCGUAUUCAGUAAGUGUUCCGUUUUUAAUUUAGUCAGUUAAAUCGGCUUAGUAUUAAUUAUCCCGUAAAAAGCAGACUAUAGACGAAGGGAACAAUAAAACUGUACCACCGUACCGCCGUCUCUUAACGCUAUACUAUGCGACAAACACGGAAUGCGAGGGACGCGUAAUCUUCUUCAAUUAUCUCUAUACAAGUACUGUAAGAAGAAUUAAUUUGGUAGUAACUUAAUUGACAUCCAUUCCGCGAUAUACGUAAUAAUAGGGCAAUCAAAUAUUAACUAUCAACACGCAGCGCUUGCAGUGCGAGCGACUGUAGCGUCCUUCAGAUGACUCCGAAAUGUCAGGUGUGUGUUACUUCGUAGCUUUAGUACUCGUAGAUCCCAUUAAACAAUCUUGCUUGUGAAAUGUAUAAGUAUAUAGCGUAUACAUAUCUGUCUUCCAUUCUUGCGUUUGAUUAACGAGAAUUGCGUUUGAUAUUUAACAUGUGUUGCGCCUCGCGUUUUAUUUGAGUCGCGAAAUUUGUAGUCUGCUAUUGCCGCGUGAUUUAUCCGCGUCUUUUCUCCGAGUGCAUUUAAAAUUGCGAGGCUCAUCAGAAUUUCGGAAAAAGCGUAACGUCUUCGAGACAAAAUGCUAGCGAUGAUUUUUAGAAAUCGAUUUUAUUGCUAUUCAAUGAGAAGUCAAGAAGCCCGAGAUUCUUGUUAUUACUUUUUUAUAUGACGAAAGUAGAAACAAGAAUGUAUAUUCCCGCGCUGUUCUGCAGCGGUCAAAAGAUGUCACAGUUUGUGCCAUAGAACGUUACUAUUGUAGCGUCACAUCGACAGAUAUUUCUUUAAUAUCAAGACAAAAAAUCGCAUUAUCAACACAAAAUGUUACAUUAAGAACAUUUAACCCGUCUUUUACUUGUAAAAAUUGUCGCGUACUCUAUACGACUUGAGAUGCCAUACAGUAGAAAUGUUUAAAAGCCAUUUUAGGAACCCAAUGAAAAACUUUUCAUACAUAAUUAUGUACAAUUAUAUAAAAUUAUAUAUAGUUAUACAUAA